UGCUCGCCCACUUUUUACUUGCAUUGAUUUCUCACUUCUUUUUCUGGGAAACUAUUGUUCAGAUUCCCGUAUUAAAUUCCGCUUCGGAUCGGAUCACCGCCAUCGUCGUCGGUGAUCUGAGGAGCUCCUUGCUGGUGCACUUUCCAGGAUACGACAGAAACAGCAUCAGAGAGGAGACCUUGAAGAUGACCGACAGCCAGCGAUUUCAGCUGGGGACAAUUGGAGCUUUAAGUCUUUCUGUAGUUUCAUCAGUGUCCAUUGUGAUUUGCAACAAGGCGCUCAUCAGCACCCUUGGCUUUACUUUUGCUACAACUCUGACAAGCUGGCAUCUUCUCGUCACAUUUUGUUCCCUUCAUGUGGCUCUAUGCAUGAAGUGGUUUGAACACAAACCUUUUGAUUCUAGAGCAGUCAUGGGAUUUGGAAUUCUAAAUGGAACAUCUAUUGGACUUCUGAAUCUUAGUCUGGGUUUCAACUCUGUGGGUUUCUAUCAGAUGACGAAAUUGGCAAUCAUCCCAUGCACUGUCCUCCUAGAAACUCUAUUCUUCAGGAAAAUGUUCAGUCGAAAAGUGCAGCUUUCCCUCACUGUUCUUCUUCUUGGUGUUGGAAUUGCCACAGUCACUGAUUUGCAGCUCAAUGUCCUUGGCUCUGUUUUAUCUCUGCUUGCUGUUGUUACAACCUGUGUUGCACAAAUUAUGACAAAUACCAUCCAGAAAAAGUUCAAAGUUUCUUCUACUCAACUUCUGUAUCAAUCUUGUCCCUACCAAGCUCUCAUUCUGUUCGUAUCUGGGCCUUUUAUCGAUGGCCUCCUUACAAAACAGAAUGUGUUAGCAUUCCAUUACACUCCUCAAGUGCUGGUGUUUAUAGUCCUCUCCUGCUUGAUAUCGGUCUCAGUGAACUUCAGCACCUUCCUGGUAAUCGGGAAGACAUCACCAGUCACAUAUCAGGUCUUAGGGCAUUUGAAAACAUGCCUUGUCUUGGCAUUUGGGUACACUCUCCUUCACGACCCAUUUAGCUGGCGGAACAUUUUAGGGAUAUUGGUUGCUGUAGUCGGAAUGGUUCUGUACUCUUAUUUUUGCAACAUAGAAACCCAACAAAAGGCUGUAGCAGCUGAAGCAUCUGCUCAACUCUCGCAGGCCAAAGAAAGUGAAUCCGAGCCCCUAUUAAAUGUUGAAAGUGGAGGUGGUAUUAUAGUUGAUGGUGUUGUGAGAGACCCGGGAUGGAAUUCGAACAAGGAUGUCCUUGUAUAAAGGAUGCUAUAGUUCAUUUACUACCCCCUUUUAUAUAAUGGGUGAAGGAAGGUGUGGCAUUGAUGUGAUGAUAGGGACUACCGACUACAGGCUCGGCCUCGACCGACAAAUCAAAAGGUAUGCUCUUGCAUCUUUGAAAUGUAGCAGUUUUGUAAUCUAGUGUUUGAUUGAUAUUCUAUUAUGAGUCUUUUAAAUAUUUGUGCUGCAGUAAGUAAUAGUAGUUACCAUUUGUUUACUACUACGACACGGCAAAUGAAGGAAUAUGCUGCUUGAUGAAAGCUUAAUGAUAAUAAUAAAAGGACAUUUGAUACAAAAUCUUAGAUGCUUUCCUUUGCUAUUAGUCUGUAAGUAAAUAAGAUGAAGGAAAGAAAUUAAGAAAAUGAAUAGAAGGGGUAGAGGGGGGUACAAAAUUUUGGGUGCAUUUGUUUGAGUUUUUGGAUGUCAAGUGCUUUGAAUUUAAAAUAAAUUUUAAAUUUGAUGUUUUAAUUAGGAAUUAGUUGGUUAGCGCUGAAUAUAAAAUUAAUUUGUAGCAUGAUGUUUUGAUGGAAAAAAAUAUUUUUGUUUAGACUGCAUGAUUCCAAGUCACAAGUUGCUUACUUAGGCUUGGAUUUUGAUUUAAAUAAUGGUUUGAAUGUAAAUUUUUGAAGAUGAAAUAGUGUAUAUUUAUAAGAAUUGUGAAGUUGCAACAAAUUGAAAUCAAAUUUCAAAUUUUUAUUGAAUGACAGGGUUUUAAGAACUAAUAUGGUUGUUUUUGAACGUUUGCGUGGAUAGUAAUUUUAAUUGAAAGUAAUAUUUUACUGUUGUGAAUUACGAAAAUGAGUAAAACAAUUGGGAACAAACACGUCCUUCACUUGCUAUCUUCGGUUUGAUGUAGAUUUAAGGUCAUAUUUGGUUUGAGAGAUAAUUUUGUUCGGUUUGUGUGUUUUUUAGUCUUAGUUUAAUGAUAUUUUGAUGUAUUAUUUCCUCUAUAAAUCAUAUCAUGAAAAUUAGGGCUUGGUAUAAAAAGUAGACAAUAUGUCACUAUCGGCACAA